AAUUGGAAAAGAUGCUGCAUUGACUUAUUUGGUGCAAGAAUGCGUAUGUGUAGUACGAUAAACAAACCAGAUUAGGUUAAUUAUUAUUCAUAUCAUGUCCAAAAUCUACGAAACCACUUUUUUUCGUCGCUCUACCUCUCUUUCGCAUUAAACGGCAAACCACCAUUCCGCAUCACCAACACACAAGAGUACAAGUCACACUGAGUUACACACGAAAUGGAGAAAAAUCAAAAAGCAAAAACCCGUAAACGGAAACCGAAAAGCGGGCGUCCACCACCACCACCGCGCACUCCCACCGCAUCCCCAGAGCAGCCGUUUAUAAUUCCCAAAAUUCCAGAGAAAUUGAUGUUUAGCGAAGAAAUGGUUCCGUCCACACAUAAGCACUGGAUGGACCACGUCCACAAAGCGAAACGACGACAAAGGUGUUGGCUGCAUUGCCAAAAAAAGGGGGAAAAAGAACUUAAGAGGUGGGAAGAAGAAUAUGGAAGGAAUUUGACCAAGCGUCGUAACGACGCCCUCCUCCAUAAGAGAAGAGAAUCAAAAUUUAAGAGGCGAGAACGAGAAUAUCAAAGGAAGUUGAUAAAGCAUCGUUACGACGCGCUUCACGCACUUCUCAACAAAAUAAGAGAAACAAAGAAUAUCAAAUAUUAAUUUGCUGAAUAAAUUACAGUUGCAAGAUUA